AUGGUUAAGGAGAAAUAUUGGCCACCUACCGAAGACGAUUCUGAAACUGCUGAGCUAGCAUCAGGGAACAUCGACUCAAGUGAAGGCGACCAAAGCUGAGUAGAAUCCUCCAAUGAGAGCACCUCUGAUAUUGAUGAUUCUAAACUUGAGGAGCAAGCACCUCAGGUUAAGUUUAACAAUAAGGAGAUGUUCAUGACUAGUCUAAUGUUCUGUAUGAUCUGGUUCGGAGCUAAUUACUUCUAUAAUGCAGGUCUGAAGUUCACUUUGUUGAGCUCUUCCACAAUUCUGUCAAAUACAUCUAUGUUAUUUGUGUUUUUACUCUCGUGGUUAUUUCUGAAAAGCGAAACUUCUGUAUUCUUGAAAUUAGUUGGCGUUCUGGUAUCAUUUAGUGGAGCAACUGUAAUCACUGUUUUUGAGUCUGAUGAUGACGGACAAGCUAAAAAUCGGAUUCUGGGUGAUGCCUUUACCUUAAUAAGUGCACUACUUUAUGGAUGAUAUGCAACUUUCUUGAAAUACAAAGUUCCUGAGGAAGCUGAGAAGAACUUUGAUAUGUCAGUUUUCUUAGGUUAUGUUGGCCUUAUCAAUAUAGUCGUCCUUCUACCACUGUUCCCAAUAUUCCACUUUACAGGCAUUGAAGUAUUCAGGUGGCCAAAUGGCAAGACUCUGAUGUUUUUAAGCUUAAAUGCUUUCUUAGGUUCCUGAAUUUCAGACUUCUGAUGGGCUAAAAGUGUUGUCAUACUUGGUCCUCUAUUUACUCAGUUAGGGAUAUCUUUGACCAUCCCCUUGGGGAUGCUAGCAACUAGUCUGAUAGAUCACGUAUCAUUUGGCUGGACGUACUAUCUCGGAACAGCUAUGAUAUUCUUAUCUUUUAUCGGUAUGACCUUCCUUCAAUAUAUGGAAACAAAGAAGAAAAGAGAGAAACAACUCGCUGAAUUGAGGCAAAAAUACAGAGAUAGGAAGAAAUUAAAAAAAUACCAAAUCCAAGAAGCCAGAGAAAAUUGAUUAUAG